UAAUAUUAUCAUGCUUUCUUCGUGACUUCUCGUGCUGCAUAAAAGUAAUAUCUCAAAUAUUUAAAUUUAAAAACACAGUUUUUUGAUUUUUUCAAUUCAAUCUAAUAGUUGUUUGAAGUUUUUUCGUUCCUAAACGGUAGUAUAAUGUCAGAAGAGCCAGCGGUAAACGGUGUCGGCGGUACCGACGAACAAACCGACAAUGUAGAUGAUGUGAAUGCUAAGAAAACAGUGAAAUAUGACAGCGGAGCAGCCGAUCUAGAAAAAGUGACUGACUAUGCGGAGGAAAAGGAAGUCAUUUCGACUGAUGACAUAUCUGGAGCUAUGACCAUUAUUGGUGACAGGAGGUUAAAAGAAGCGGCAGACAAAAUAGCAAAAGAAAAAGAACUUCAAAAGGUCUCCAUAAAAAAGACUGAUGUUGAACUGAUUAUACGAGAAAUGGAAAUAUCGAAAACGCUGGCCGAGAGGACGUUAAGAGAAUGUCAUGGGGACGUCGUCAAGGCCUUGGUUGCAUUGACCAAUUGAAAACAUAAACCAAAAUUUAGAAUUUUCUAAGUAAAAAGGAAAAAAAU